AUGUCUUCACCGAUUACGGUCCAAACUUCCUCUACAGGUGUUACACUCACACUUCCAUCAGUUAAUGUUAGACCCAUCAAUGUCAAUACUGCAACAACUACCACUACAUCAACUUCACAAACUUUAAGGCCAAUUGAAACAUCAAAUCAAUCAACAAUCAAUCAAGCUAUUGAUGAAACAACGAUAAAUUAUAAUACCAUCAAUUCCUUUGGAAAAACGAUACGUCAAAAAUUUAGCCGCUGGAUUCAUCAUGGAAGUUUUCAUUCCAGAAGUAAUAUAGUGCCACAUGAAAUUCCAGAUUAUUUACUGCAACCCAAUUCAUCAGAGAUUACAUUACUGAAUCCCAUGAAUAAUAGUGAUUAUUAUCAAAUAAUGCUUAAUUUACCACUUCCACAAAUCAAAUUAGUAUUACAAGAAGUGGAACAAGCCAUUGAUAUGAGAAUGAAAUUAGGUUAUUUCCCUGUUGUUGUUAAUCCGACUCAUGCUAAUAAUAAUAAUAAUGGUAAUGAUGCUAUUAGUGUCAAUAAUGACACUAUUAAUGAUGAAAAUGCUGGUGAUCAAGGUAAUUCAUCUGGUUAUGAAACUUUUGAUGAAGAGGAAGAAAGGUAUACUGAAGAAGAAGAUCAAUUUUUAUUAGAUUGUUUAGGAGAUUUAAAAGCUGAUUUAUUAAAGAUGAUAAAAUUAAGGAAUAAAAGUAGUAGGCUAUAUAAGUUAAAGAAAUUUUGGAGCCAUAAAGAAUAA